AUUCCUAUUAAUUUGCAUAGGCUAACCUUUGCGAUUUAAUGUUAUUUACCAUCUUCUGCUUUUUAUGAAUAAACAGGCAUCAGGGUAAACAUAAUAUCAUUUCAAUGCCCCCCCACACACAUAUUAAUGUUACUUACCUUACAGAUCACAAAGUGAACUAAUUUCCUCUCCAUUAAUAUGCAAAUACAUUUGAUUCAUACACUGGCUUGUCUGGCUGGCAUGUUUUCAUUUUAAACAGGCAUUCCCUUACCUACACUGAAAUAAUUUUAGUCCUCAAUUAUGAUUUUAAAAAGUCAUAGCUCAUUAGUACACCCUUGUGGUUGAAUAUAUAUAUAUAUAUAUAUAUUGUAUGUCUUAUGAUACAAUUAAUAAUGUUGAACUAACAAAUACCAUCAAGGGAUGUGUUACAAUUUACAAUAACAAACACCUUGUGAAACAGCUGUGAAAACCAAUUUGGCAAUAUUUUAGAUUUAAAUACAUAACCAUUGAUAUUCUUUUGGUAUAUGUGUGUCAAUUUUUUCAGAUUUAUUGUACACUCACAUGGCAAUCAUAGACUGAAAUACAGAAUUCUGGUGUCUGGAAUAGAGAGGAGGUGGGUCUUGUGUGGAUGGGAGGUUCUGUAAAGUCCAGGCGCCGCUGCCCUCUUUGUUCUGAGUGUUUGCAGUGCUAGUGUUUUUAGCUAAUCUGUGUAUCUCACAUGAUGUGCCCAGUAUGAUAGUUGUCUUGCUCUUUCUUAGCAGAUAAUGACAACUUGACAAUAACAGUAGCUGUAGAUGAUGUAAUGAAAAGUUGGAGGGUGGUUGGUAAUGGAGGACAUCAGGUGGAUCCAUGUCUGGGUGUUGAGCAGAACCCCUAGGUCCUGGAGAACAGGAGCACAGUAAAGGGAACAGGGUAGGAGACGUAAACAAGCAAACACACAGGUUAAAUGAUUAUCAGGUAGGGAAAAAUACAGUUAUUGAAUUAUUUAAUUUAAAUGUUUGAUUAGACAUGGAUUAAUGUUAAUGGAAGACAGAAAAUAAAGGAUACCUAUCUAAUGUUUGAUGUCAGUGGGGUUGGUAAGGGAUGGUCCUUGGGAAAGGUAGAGGUGAGUUGUGAGAAACUCCAGGGUGGUGUCAUGACCACUGGAGUCAUACACCUUAGCAGUACCUACCUGGAAGUGGCGGUUACUUAACGUGACCCAGUGGUUAGCCUUGAGAUUGACUAUUUGGAGAAACCCCUGGGCCAGUGUUGGUACUGCUGACAGCAUGGCGAUGCCAUCCACCACGAGGCAGCAACUGCAAAUAGUUAUCUGAGAUUUUUUAUAUUCCCCUUAACGGAUGUUGACCCCAGCUAGGAGUGAAAGAGCACCAAGCUUUCCCGGGUCUCGCCUUCCUUUCGUCCUUCUUCCAAGCCAAGUCAUUCGCCUAGAUGUCGAAGUACUUUGUCCCCUUGAUUCUUCUCAGGUGGCUCCCCUUUUUCUCAUUCGCUCUGUCCAUGUUCAGUCUCACCUUUACUGAUAAUGGAAAUAAAUGCAAUUAUAUUUAAUAUUAUUACAUAUACAUAUCUUAUAUAUCUCUUGGAAGGCCAGAAAAUAAAUGAACAGCAGACAAUUUUUACCUGGUCAAAAACUUCCACAUCCUUCUCAGUCCGUGCCUGAAGGGGGUCUUUGAAGGAGUUCUAAUCUGGUUUGACAACUUCCACCACAUCAGGUGGAGCAUCAGUGACCUCAAAGUGCGUUAUACAAAAACAGCAAAAGAUAAAUACUAAGUCAAUCAAAAAAAGUAUACUGCAGUAUAUGCAAUAAUGUUAUAUACAAUUGUAUUGUUUACAUCAGUUAACUGCUGCAGCUCCCCUCCAUAUAGCAGGUGAUAGAGGGAAUAUUCUGGAGGCCUGGACACUGCUGUGUUGUGUGCAAAGAUAAUUACCUUCAGAUUGUCUCAACGUCAACAGUGAAGAGGUGACUCCAGGAUGCUGGCCUUCUGGCCUUCUCUGUCCAGUGUCUGUGUUCUUUUGCCCAUCUUAAUCUUUUAUUUUUAUUGGCCAGUCUGAAAUAUGGCUUUUUCUUUGUAACUCUGCCUAAAAGGCCAGCAUCCUGGAGUCACCUCUUCACUGUUGAUCUUGAGACUGGUGUUUUGCAAGUACUAUUUAAUGAAGCUGCCAGUUGAGAACUUGCGAGGUGUCUGUUUCUCAAACUAGACGCUCUAAUGUACUUGUCCUCUUGCUCAGUUGUGCACCUGGACCUCCCACUCCUCUUUCUAUUUUGGUUAGAGACAGUUUGUGCUGUUCUGUGAAGGGAGUAGUACAGUGUUGUGACAGAUCUUCAGUUUCUUGGCAAUUUCUUGCAUGGAAUAGCCUUCAUUUCUCAGAACAAGAAUAGCCCGAAGAAAGUUAUUUCAGAAGAAAGGUAUUUGUUUCUGGCAAUUUUGUGCCUGUAAUCGAACCCACAAAUGCUGAUGCUCCAGAUACUCAACUAGUCUAAAGAAGGCCAGUUUUAUUGCUUCUUUAAUCAGCACAACAUUUUCAGCUGUGCUAACAUAAUUGAAAAAGGGUUUUCUAAUGAUCAAUUAGCCUUUUUAUAAUGAUAAACUUGGAUUAGCGAACACAACGUGCCAUUGGAACUGAAUAGCACCUAUGAACUCCUGAAAGCCGUGGACACAACUCUUAUUGGUUGUCUGAUGUGGAACUGGUAACAACAUAGUCUGUGAUUGGCUAACAACAUUUAGAUCUGUUUACAGCGAGAUAAGAUAUUAUACCAUGCCAUGAGUUGUUGAGGGAAAGACAGAAUAUCUAUAGAGUGGGCAUCAUCAUUUCUAGGCCAUUAGCAAUAACAGGAAAUACACAAGCCGUAGGCUACACUAUAGUUCAAGGUGGCUAUGUCGGAAUAUCUGCUUGCACGGGGAAAAUUGUACAUUUUCUAACAUUUAUGGUUGAGAUUUAAUUAAUAUAAAUAUAAACUAUGCACAUUAUGACUUUCAUUAACACGCGAUGCAGAUGUCUCGCAGACGUUAGUAAGGCGUUGGUAUCAUGUCAGGUGGUACGGUUGCCUAGGCUUAUAUAUGUCCCUUAUCACCCCCCAUAAAUGCUCGUUAUGUUUACCUGCUCCCUCAGAUUACCUGGUUAGCAGCGCUUUCAUUCACCACUCUGUCCAAUGGGAAACUCCGCCCAUAACAUAGGCUGAGACGUGAAAUGAACUACCUCAGCCCAGACCUAAAGUAGCAAGUGUCAGAGAAACCGCGGGAAUUUUUUUGAAAUCCCUCGACUCCUUCCGUGUCAAAAGACAUCCCCCCCAAACAAACCCCCGACUCUCUGGGAAUGAUUACACAGUUGUUAGAGUCGCUGAUAUUUCAGUCUGAUGUCUAGCUAGCUCAAAGUACUUAAGUCCUUGAAUUUGACUUGCCACUGUUUGUAUGAAACCUGAAUAUUUUUGCUUAUGGAAAUAUAUUUCACAGCAGUUUAGAUGGUAUAAUGAUUCUCCACACUAUACUUGCUUUGUUUGUCACACAAACUGAAACUAUUAGAAUUUUAGCAACCAGGAAAUGGCGGAGCGAAUUCUGCUUAAUACACCUUUUAAAACAGCGUCAGGAUUGUAGUUCACAUGAGACAGUCGUGGGAGACGCUAACCGCUGAUAACUGUAGUAGGGAUAAUGCAGAAUGCCACCUAGAGUUUUGGAGAGCUAUUAUGGUAGCCAGCUAGUUUCCAUUAGCUAGUUAGCAGCAGCAACAUCUGCUGCCAAUGAUGAAAUCUGCAGCCUGAAUUUUCACAUAUGAUAAUCGAAAAAUUGAUUAGGUACUAGCUAGCUAGUUAUACUAGGGAAAUCAUCAUGAUAAUCUACAGACCUAUGUCUACCUAGCUAGCGAUCUCAUUUUGACUCAUCAAACUUGUGGUAAAGGUUUGAAUGAUUUCUGAUUGAUAUGUGCAGAAGAGCACCGUGUGUUCUCUGUGUGCAGAAUGGCUGUAGAUGGAGACAGUAGAGACUGGGAUGGCCGAUGGAACCAUGUGAAGAACCAUGUGAACCAUGUGAAGAGAGACCCGGCCCAUUCACUCAUCCUGACUUUGAGCCAAGCAUUGAGUCCCUUGGGUUCUUAUUGGAGACAUGCAAGAUCCUGGUCAUUGGAGCUGGAGGACUUGGGUGUGAGCUGCUCAAAAAUCUGAUAUCUCUCCUGAGCUACGAGGAUGGUGUUCUGGACCCCAGUUCCAUCAUCCCCCUCAUUGACGGUGGGACGGAGGGUUUCAAAGGCAAUGCUCGGGUCAUUCUGCCUGGCAUGACCGCAUGCAUCGACUGCACCCUGGAACUCUACCCACCACAGAUUCAUUUCCCCAUGUGCACCAUUGCGUCUAUGCCGCGGUUGCCAGAGCACUGCGUUGAAUAUGUCAGAAUGCUACAGUGGCCCAAAGACAAGCCUUUUGGAGAUGGUGAUGGUUUGGAUGGGGAUAACCCUGAGCACAUCCAGAGGGCCCAGGAGAGAGCUGUUGACUACAGCAUCACAGGAGUCACAUACAGACUCACACAAGGUGUCGUGAAAAGGAUCAUCCCUGCUGUGGCGUCAACUAAUGCUGUAAUAGCUGCUGCCUGCUCCACUGAAGUUUUUAAAAUAGCUUCAAGCACUUCUAUUCCACUGAAUAAUUAUCUGGUAUUUAAUAUUGUGGACGGACUGUACACCUACACCUUUGAGGCAGAGCGAAAGUCCGACAGGAGAACUGCUCAGCUUGUAGCCAGGUGCCCCAGGAUCUACAGUUCCCACCCUCUGCCAAGCUACAGGAGGUCCUGGAGUACUUGACAGAGAAUUCCUCCGUACAAAUGAAAUCCCCAGCCAUCACAGCAACCCUGGACGGGAAAAAUAAGACACUGUAUUUACAGACUAUAGCUUCAAUUGAAGAAAGAACUAGACCAAACCUUUGCAAAACCUUGAAAGAACUGGGAUUGUCUGAUUGACAGGAACUAGCAGUGGCGGAUGUCACCACACCUCAGACUGUCCUCUUCAAGUUGAAACUCACCUCUUAAAGGGCUAGUGCAGUCAUAAAUGUGAUUUUCUUAUGUUUUAUCUAUAUUUCCACACUAUGAGGUUGGAAUAAUUCUGUGAAAUUGUGAAAAUUAUGAUAAUACCCUUUUAGUGUAAGCGUUGUUUGAAAAGAACGCCUGAAAUUUCAGGUAAUUUUGCAUAGGUGUAGUUUUGGCCUGUCUGGCGACAUUACCGGGUGGUGUUAAUAGACCAAUAACAGAGUUCCAAACCUCUGCCAAUAACUUCUAGUUUUCAGGUUACAUAUCCCUCCCAUUAAGCUUCUCCAGUUAGGUUCCUCACUCAGACCACUCCCAGACAGUCCUAACGAAAUUAUUGCUUGAGAAAUUGCUUUUUGCUAAGAAGCUAUUUUUGUGUAUUUUUUACCAUUGUUUUCAAUUAAAAUCACAGUAAGGUACUUAAUUGUUACCCAGAAAUAAUUUGAUAUUGAGAUAAUAACGACUGCAUUGGACCUUUUUUUUAAAUGCAGAAUCUGUCGACAUUUGACAACCUUUGGGGAGAAAGUAGCAAGUGGUACAGCGUGGCAUGGUUUUAAUAUAUUUUAGUCUGAUAAUGUAUAUACGAUAAUUUUCUCUGUCGUAUUGGCCCAUUGUGGGAGGUAGCUGAUGGCCAUCAACUUUCUAUAUCACUGUAUGUGGAAUCAGUCUGUGACAAUGUUUCUUAAUGUUUUACUCCUAAAUGUUUGCUCCAAAUGGCUGUCUUCUUUCCCUCACUCAAAAGAGCAGUAGUUUUAUAUAGGGUGCCAGUCAAAAGUUUGGACACACCUACUCAUUCCAGGGUUUUUGUUUAUUUUAAUUAUUUUCUACAUUGUAGAAUAACAGUGAAGACGUCAAAACUAUGAAAUAACACAUAUGGAAUCAUGUAGUAACCAAAAAAGUGUUAAACACAUCAAAAUAUAUUUUAAGUUCUUCAAAGUAGCCACCCUUUGCCUUGAUGACAGCUUUGCAAUCAGCUUCACAUGGAAUGCUUUUCCAACAGUCUUGAAGGAGUUCCCACAUAUGCUGAGCACUUCUUGGCUGCUUUUCCUUCACGCUGCGGUCCAACUCAUCCCAAACCAUCUGUUGGGUUGUGGUUGGGUGAUUGUGGAGGCUAUGUCAUCUGAUGCAGCACUCCAUCACUCUCCUUCUUGGUCAAAUAGCCCUUACACAGCUUGGAUGUGUGUGUUUUGGUCAUUGUCCUGUUGUAAAACAAAUGAUAGUCCCACUAAGCGCAAACCAGAUAGGAUGGUGUAUCGCUGUAGAAUACUUUGGUAGCCUUGCUGGUUAAGUUUCUUGGCCCAAGUAAGUAUCUUCUUCUUAUUGGUGUCCUUUAGUAGUGGUUUCUUUGCAGCAAUUUGACCAUGAAGGCUGGAUUCACACAUGAAUCCAGACUUCAUUCCUAUGAACAGUUGAUGUUGAGAUGUGUCUGAACUCUGAAGCAUUUAUUUGGGCUGCAAUUUCUGAGGCUGGUAACUCUAUUGAACUUAUCCUCUGCAGCAGAGGUAACUCUGGGUCUUCCAUUCCUGUGGCAGUCCUCAUGAGAGCCAGUUUCAUCUGCACUUGAAGAAACUUUCAAAGUUCUUAAUCUUUCAGAUCACUGACCUACAUAUCUUAAAGUAAUGAUGGACUGUCGUUUCUCUUUGCUUAUUUGAGCUGUUCUUGCCAUAAUAUGGACUUGGUCUUUUACCAAAUAAGGCUGUCUUCUGUAUACCACCCCUACCUUGUCACAACACAACUGAUUGGCUCAAAUACAUAAAGAAGGAAAGAAAUAACACAAAUUAACUUUUAACAAGGCACACCUGUUAAUUGAAAUGCAUUCCAGAUGUCUACCUCAUGAAGCUGGUUGAGAGAAUGCCAAGAGUGUGCAAAGCUGUCAUCAAGGCAAAGGGUGGCUACUUUGAGGAAUCUGAAAUAUAUUUUGAUUUGUUUACCACUUUUGGUUACCACAUGAUUCGUAAUGUUAUUUCAUAGUUUUGAUGUCUUCACUAUUAUUCUACAAUGUAGAAGAUAUAAAUGAGUAUGUGUGUCUAAACAUUUAGCUGGUACUGUUUGUAAUUAUGAUAAACUGUGCUGCAAUAAAGGGUUUUGAUAAUGAAA